GCCUGUAGUGGUGCGCAGAACAACACCAACGCUGAACUUACUUCCCGAAACCAGGGUCAAAUAGUCUGGUCAAAAAUACUGGUGAUCUGUCUUAUUUGGAAAGGAGACAGGCAUCAUCCAAGACCUCACAGACACAAGUUGACAUCCAAGCUUUUCUAAGCAGUCUGCCAAGGGACAGUUUCAUUAUAGUGUGAGAGUGCUGCCUAUGAAACCAUGACAACUUCCAGUCUACGUGCAUGUUUCAUUCUGAAGCAAGCCUCGCUUGCUGCAAUGGGGAUGGCAGUCCAUCCAUCUCAGGCAGCCCUGUCCCUGUGUCGUGAUGUCAGGCCCCGGGAGAGACAGUGAUCUGGAGUCGGACCACGCAGUAGACUGGUCCAUGAUGGACAUGCGUCUGGACUCGUUCCGGGGUUCCCCCCUGGCCCAGCAGGUGUCAGCGGAAAGGCUGGCCCGUGCUGGGUUUUACUUCACAGGACAGGCUGACAAGGUGCGCUGCUUCAGCUGCCACAAAACUGUAGAGAGCUGGUGUGGAGGGGACACACCCGCGGAGAGGCACGCGGAGGUCUCCCCUAACUGUAAGUUCCUGAGCUGCACCCAUCGUUCCAGGGUCAACUCUCUUCAAGGUGCCAUGCUGACCAACGAACCCCACUACAACGAAGACGCCGAGGACAUGGAGUUCCGCCUGAGAACGGGAGAGGUGGUGGAUGAGUCCACCUACCCCAUGGUCCCGCACAUGGUCAGCGAAGACUCCCGGUUCAACACCUUAGGCCCGUGGCCCUCCACAUCCCCGGUCCGGCCUAGAGAGCUGGCCCAGGCAGGGCUCUUCUAUCUGGGGGAGAGUGACCGGGUGCAGUGCUUCUGCUGUGGAGGGAUGCUGGGGGGCUGGGAGCCUGGGGACACGGCGUGGGGGGAGCACUCCAAACACUUCCCCUACUGCUUCUUCAUACUGGGGCAUGAUGUGGGGAACCUCCCCUCUCAGGCGGGGAGAGAGGAGGAGGUAGGGGAGACCAGGCCACGCCCGGGUCCUCGGGUCCCCAUGCAGAGCUUUGAGGAGAGGCUAGGCAGCUUUGCAGGAAUCCAGCACCCUAUUGACCACGAGAGGCUGGCCAGAGCAGGCUUCUACAACACAGGAGCUCCAGACCGUGUGGUGUGUUUCUGCUGUGGUGGAGGUCUGAAGGGCUGGCAGCCGGACGAGAAUCCCUGGGAGGAGCACGCCAAACACUACCCGGGGUGUAAUUUUCUGCUGACAGAGAAAGGACAGGAGUUCGUCAGCAGUGUUCAGUUACAAGGUCCUGGCUGGAACAAUGCUGCUUCAAGUCACCUGAAUGGAUGUUCAAGUCACGGAACAGAGGUGCUGAGGUCAGCCAUGGCCCAGAGGGCGGUAGAGAUGGGUCUGGAGCCUGCCCUGGUAGAGAGGACCAUACUGGAGAGGAUACGCAGAGCUGGGACAGGCUACUCCACCCUGGAGACUCUGCUGCAGGACUGCUUUAACAGAGGCCCUGACAGCGACGCAGAGACCGCAGAGAACCAUGAUGAGGAUCCCUUUGAGAAGCUACGGAAGCUGCAGAGGGAGAAACAGUGCAAAGUGUGUAUGGACAGAGACAUCUGCAUCGUCUUCAUCCCCUGUGGGCACCUGGUCGUCUGCAAGGAGUGUUCCGAGGCCCUCGACAAGUGUCCCAUCUGCUGUGCAGCCAUCACACAAAAGAUCAAGACAUACAUCUCCUAACAUGCAAUCUGGUGUCAGGGAUUGUCGUCUCCAGAGUAGGAGUGCUGACCUAGGAUCAGGUCCCGUCUCUUAAUCAUUAUGUUUUAAAAGGCAAAAGUGAGCCUAGAUCAGCAGUCUUAAUCUGAGAUGCUUAAUGAAUGCUGGCCCAGGAGGAUAACUCUUUUAAUUGGCAAUGCUGCUUUACCACCUCAGUGAUUUUAUAAACACAGGCUUUCCUACUACAGAAUGUACAUAUAGAAAUAUUAUAUUUGAGGAGGACCACUGUAAAUAUGAAUAAGAGAAUCAUGGAAAGUGUGGGGAUUUUAUUUUUCAAUGAUUGUUGUAUAGAUGACACUUCCUUGUUAUGUGACGUAUCAUUGAGGUUCACCCGACCAAUACCCAAGAGGCAAUGGGCCUCACUUUCCCAUCUUGGUAUGAAGAUUCAAAGGUUGAGACUAUAUGGAGUACAGCUAUGAACAGAAAUGACUUUACGCAGCAGGUUAGGAGAAGGUAAAGGUAAAGGUUAGAUAAAAUGCUACAGUUGUCCCUGAUGUGAGUUGAACAUGCAUCUUUUUUCCAUGGCUGUAUCCAUCUACCCACAGUUCUGAUACUUACAUUUGAGUGGCUGUAUCCAUCUACCCACAGUUCUGAUACUUACAUUUGAGUGGCUGUAUCCAUCUACCCACAGUUCUGAUACUUACAUUUGAGUGGCUGUAUCCAUCUACCCACAGUUCUGAUACUUACAUUUGAGUAAUUUAGCAGAUGCUCUUAUCCACAAUAGUGAGUGCAUACAUUUAAAUUUCUAGGUCCGCUGUGCAGCACCAUGAUCUACCAUUGCAGCUAUCAACAGUGCCUUUUCAAACAAUCUCAUUUACUUCUGUGUGUUUUCUUUAUUCAGACUAUCACAUCAUUUCCAUGUUUUCUUCAUAUUUCUCUUAAAAUUAUGAAGUUGUUGACUGGGCUUUCGUUAUUGGUUUGCAAGUCAUGUGUUUGUAGUUAGUUUGCAAAGUACAUGUUUCUGAAGUAGAAGUUGUGAGAGUUCCCAAACGUACAGUCUGUUCCUUGGGCCAACUAGUAUGCUUUCAGUGUGGGACUCUUUUAUGAUUCAUUAUGUGUGCUCUUGUGUGAAUAAAUAGAUGAAUUGUAGACUUGGAUCAAUUUCCAUUAUUUAUAUAUAACUGACAUAUCCACUUAAUUACUUGAUUUAGUUCUAGAGAUCACGUCCAAAUAUUAUUCCCUUUUUUCAAAUUGUGUUGUUCGGAAAUUAAUAUUUUCAAGUGCAACUCGUUUGACCAAGACUGGAAAAUAAAUGUUUAAAAAAUGUAA